UCGCCUCUUGUCCGCACUCUUCGGCCUUGUCCUGUCGCAGCCAUGAGCACUGGCACUUUUAUUACGUCUCAGCCGCUCAAUUAUCGUGGCGGGGCCCGCGUGGAACCGGCGGACGCCUCCGGCACCGAGAAGGCGUUCGAGCCCGCAACUGGGCGAGUGAUCGCCACGUUUGCGUGCUCCGGAGAGAAGGAAGUAAACUUGGCUGUCCAGGAUGCAAAGGCUGCCUUUAAAAUCUGGAGUCAGAAAUCUGGCAUGGAGCGCUGUCGAGUUCUUUUGGAGGCUGCCAGGAUAAUAAGGGAGCGGAAGGAGGAGAUCGCCACCCUGGAGACCAUCAACAACGGCAAGUCCAUCUUCGAGGCCCGCUGGGAUGUGGACACUUCGUGGCAGUGCCUGGAGUACUACGCGGGCCUGGCGGGCUCCAUGGCGGGCGAGCACGUCCAGCUCCCCGGCGGGUCCUUCGGGUACACCCGGAGAGAGCCGCUGGGCGUGUGCGUGGGGAUCGGCGCCUGGAACUACCCCUUCCAGAUCGCCUGCUGGAAGUCCGCCCCGGCGCUGGCGUGCGGCAACGCCAUGGUCUUUAAGCCGUCGCCCUUCACGCCGCUGUCGGUGCUGCUGCUGGCCGAGAUCUACACGGAGGCCGGCGCGCCCCCCGGGCUCUUCAACGUGGUGCAAGGAGGCGCCGCCACGGGCCAGUUUCUGUGUCUGCAUCGUGACGUGGCCAAAGUGUCCUUCACGGGGAGCGUGCCCACCGGCUCGAAGAUCAUGGAGAUGUCAGCUAAAGGAAUCAAACCCGUCACCUUGGAGCUGGGAGGCAAAUCUCCCCUGAUCAUCUUCUCCGACUGUGACCUGGAGAACGCGGUUAAGGGAGCGCUGAUGGCCAACUUCCUCACGCAGGGCGAGGUUUGUUGUAAUGGCACAAGAGUAUUUGUGCAAAAGGAAAUUCUCGAGAAAUUUACAAAAGAAGUGGUGAAACGGACCCAGGGGAUAAAAAUUGGAGACCCCCUUCUGGAAGGCACAAGGAUGGGCCCCCUCAUCAACCGCCCACACCUGGAGCGAGUGCUUGGGUUUGUUAAGCUGGCAAAAGAGCAGGGCGCCACAGUGCUGUGUGGUGGAGACGUGUUCGUGCCCGAAGAUCCCAAGUUAAAGGACGGGUAUUACAUGAGGCCUUGCGUACUGACUGACUGCAGAGAUGACAUGACCUGCGUGAAGGAAGAGAUCUUUGGACCGGUUAUGUCCAUUUUACCGUUUGACACCGAAGCUGAGGUUCUGGAAAGAGCCAACGAUACCACUUUCGGCCUGGCGGCUGGUGUCUUUACCAGGGACGUGCAGCGCGCACACAGGGUGGUGGCCGGGCUGCAGGCCGGGAUGUGCUUCGUCAACAACUACAACGUCAGCCCGGUGGAGCUGCCCUUCGGCGGGUACAAGAGGUCAGGGUUUGGCAGAGAGAAUGGCCGCGUGACCAUUGAAUACUAUUCACAGCUGAAGACUGUGUGCGUGGAGAUGGGUGACGUGGAAUGUGCUUUCUGAAAACACGAAGCAAGCCCCGUCCGCGUGGCCAGCCGUGGAACAAGAACUGAAAUCUCCAGGGCAGCCACUCAGCUGCCUUCGUUUCAGUCCCUGAAUUGCAUCCCUUGGGAUAAGGGAACAGCUUGGCGUUCUUCCUUCCUUACCUCUCAGUCCCCUUCCUGAUUGAAAAUGUGCACAAGUGCCUUUUAGAGAAUCGAGAGAGUCGUGAUUUUCUCAAAGCAGAUUUCCCUGAAAUCUUGAACACGCUUCUGGAGAACG